AUGGCGUGCCUUUGGGUUGUGGACGCCUCCUCAGAGCUGUCAGAUCCCAGGGUGUGUGCGUCUAUUGUAGUUCAUGCGACGAGCAUGCUAACAGCGCUGGUCCUCAUUCCAAGGGAUGUCUCUGCGCCGUUGACGCCGUUCAGCGUCGGAGCCCUUGCGACAGCGCCGCGGAUGCAGUACGGCCCUCGACCGGAGCUCCACUCUGGCUUUUGUCUUCACUUCAUUUCCCUCUUUCGCAUAGGGCAAUUUCCCAUGAUAUUUGUGUCGCGGAUGCGUUGCUUCGUGCGUAUGUCACAUAUCUUCAUUGAAUUCAUUGAUCGGUGA